GCAGCGCGCUCACAAACGCCCAGCGAGGUUGAAGCCACUGCGCAUGCUCGAGGCACUUUAAUAUGAAUGGCGCUUCACGUCUCAAGACAUCUCACAUCCAGUAACCAUCAUGGACAUUUAGGAAAAAUAGGCUGCUGAGUGGAGGACCGAAAGUUGGCAAUACCCCGGAGCGUCCCUCCUCUCUUCCCACUCAGGCAGACCAGCAAGUUUCCACCACCAUGGCUGAAGAAGGCUAUGGCAGCUUUGUGGACUGGAACCAGAUGGGGGAUCUGGCCAAGAGCAGCGGGCCCACCAAGGUAGACUGUAAGGACCUGAAAGAGUUCAAACAGAUGGCUCGGCAGGGUUACUGGGCCAAAAACCACAAACUACGAGCACAAGUCUACCAGCAACUCAUCAAAGCCAUUCCCUGUCGUACAGUUACACCAGAUGCAGAAGUAUAUCGUGACAUUAUGGGGAAUGCAGCCUCUAAGAAGCCCUCCUCCCACAUCUCACUUCCAGAGUUUGUGGAUGGAAGUCCUCUGCCACAGUACUGCCUGAAGGCAGAGGCAGUAGCUUCAGCCCAUCAGAUUAUCAACUGCGUGGCCGGACAGUUUCCAGAUAUCUCCCACUGCCCGUCACUACCGGCUGUUACGUCAUUGCUGCUGCACUUCAGCGUAGACGAAGCUCAGUGUUUUGAGCAUAUCAGCCGCAUGCUGGCCUGCAACGAGCCAGGCAAACGACUGCUGGACCAGACUUUCCUGGCCUAUGAGUCUAGCUGCAUGACUUUUGGUGACCUGGCCAACAAGUACUGCACAUCUGCCCACAAAAUGAUCGUGGCCAUAGCCCAGGAUGUGCUUGAAGUCUACUCUGACUGGCAGCGCUGGGUGUUAGGUGACCUGCCUUUCAGCCACAUGGUCAGGGUCCUGGACAUCUACCUAGUGGAGGGCUACAAAGUUCUCUUCCGUGUGGCUUUAGCCUUGCUCAAGUUCUAUCGCAAGCAUAAAGCAGAGGGAGGCCAGGGCAACCAGCAGCAGGAUUCAAGCAAAGUUAAGGAUGACAUUCAAGCUUUCGUCAAAGGCAUUGCCUCCAACGUCACACCAGAGAAGUUGCUGGAGAAGGCCUUCUCCAUCCGCAUGUUUAGCCGUAAGGAGAUCACCCUGCUGCAGCUCACAAAUGAAAAGUCCCUGCAGCAGAAAGGCAUCACCGUCAAACAGAAGCGUUUUAGGCGGAACGUGCAACUGGCACUUAACCCUGACACGUUCUCCUCUGAGAUCGUCAGUGCCAAGGAGAUGCGGGAUAUCUGGUCGUGGAUCCCUGAGCGCUUUGCCCUCUGCCAACCACAACUCCUCUUCACCACCUCCACCCAUGGUUGCAGCCUGACCAGAUUCUACUCUCAUUGUGAAGGCUACGAACCCACUCUGCUCCUCAUCCGGACCACAGAUGGCGACGUAUGUGGAGCCUUUCUGUCCACAGAUUGGGAGGAGCGGAAGAGAGGAGGCAACAAAUUGAGCUUCUUUGGCACAGGGGAGUGCUUUGUCUUCAGGCUGAAGCCAGAGAUGGAGCGCUUUGAGUGGGUGGUGAUCCGCCACCCUGAGUUAGCCUCCUCCAACAAGACUCAGGGCCAGGAAGACACCGCCUCUCCUGGGGGCCAAAACUCUGACAACAAUGGCUUACAGCAGCCAGAGAAACCGGUUGGAGACCUAUCGCCCUUCCUCUCCGCCCGCCACUUCAACCUCAACUCCAAGAAUACUUCCAUGUUCAUGGCUGGCAACUUUGACUCCAUCAUAGUGGGAGGAGGCGACGGCAACGCUCUCUACAUCGACUCUGAGCUCAACCAUGGGCGCGCUGGCCGGUGCGCCACCUUUGACAACCCCCCCUUGUGUGCUGAGACCUUCCAGGUUUCACUGCUAGAAGUGUGGGGCUUCCAGGACGCUAUGGCCCCAUAAUACUGUACACAUAAACAAGAUCCAUACAGGCAUAGACUCAUGCGCAUCUUCAUAUACACACAUUUUAACACUUGUACUAAAGCAGAAAAUCUUGAUAUUAAAUGUCCUGCAAAGUGUCAAGAGGUGGAAAACAGAGGUUUGCAAACAGAACAAUGUCCGUCCUACAAAUUCAUAUAUGAUAAACUAUUUUUUAUUUAUUAAUGCAGUUAAUCCAAAUUCAACGAUGUGAUAUUUUGUUUGUUUUUAUUUUUGUAAUUACAGAUUUGUAUUAUGGUGUCCUAAUUAUGUUAAUGUAUCCAGUAAUAUGAAGAAAGUCAAGAUCAAGUGUAGAUGAAGCCAAUAUGAGGUUCUGUUAAAGGUCUUUUUAUGUCCGCUGUGGUGUGUCCAUGCUGAGCUGAAACAUCUGAAUAUCUGAAUGUAAAUUCAGUCCUUUUAUGUUCUGCGCUUUAGCUCAAUCUGCCAAAUUUACUAUAUAGCUGUCUGCGGUCCUUAAAAAAUAUUAACCAGGCCAUAAAAAUGUGUGAAGUCAAGAGUUGAUUUUGUGAGAUCUGUUUUUUAAUGUUGAAACUAAGAUGAACGCAGUGAAGUUCCAAGUCAGCUAAGUUCUCUGUCAAGUCCUAACUCAUUCCCCCCACUUUGAUUUGCUGUACAUAUGUGGGAGAUCUGCUAAUGAAUUAAUGUGGUAAAUGUCUGGAUAUCAGUGGUGAAUUUGAGUGUUGCCAUUUUGCACCAUAUUAUAAGCUUUCUUUUGAAUGAGUGGCAAUUUCUCCUUUUUUAAAGUAUAUGAAUGUUCAUGUGAAUACAAAGUACAGUAAAAGCUGAACAUGUUUUUGGUUUACAAGUAAUGAAGAGAAAUGCAGUUUGCUCGUCCGUCUCUUCUUCCCCUUUCCUGCUGCUGCCGUCCUUUGUAGUGUGAAGAUCGUCACUAAAGAAGUCCAAAAUGGUGCCGGGUUGGCGAAGUGUCGUUGGAGUUAUGCACCCUGUUUGUAUCUGGAUGUUCAAACUUGUCAGACAGAGUAAAUACAAAUGUAUCUUACAUGUGAAAAUACAGCAAUAUGCUUACAGUAGAGCAA